GGAAAUGACGAGAGGUAAAGGAAAGAAAGAGAGAUGGCGACGGAACGGCGAAGACCGACACAAUCCCCGCUGGCCAUCAUUGACGACGAUGGCGAUUGAAUUUCAGGGGAAAGAAGAAAAAGAUCUCGACGGCGAUGAGCUCGGCGGUAGUGGUAUCGGGAAGAAAAGCUGAGGGAGAAGAAGAGUCAUCGUCGGCGAACCCCGAUGACACCGCCGACGUUUGACACGCCGGGG